AUGUCUACCCUCAACUACCGCACCAUAAACAUCGACGCCUUCGACCCCGACAGCCCGCAGAACUUCCCGAUCGAGACGCUCCUCCCCGCAACCCUCCCACCUCCGAGUAACUCCAGCGGCGCCGCAAACACUGCCACGCAGGUCCGACAGCUCCUGCGCUCCGGUGAUGCAGUCGGUGCGCUACGCCAUGUCCUCGAGACCGCCCCGUUAGCUGGAGACGAGAGCGCGAAGCAGGUGCAUCUUGCGACAGUUAUUGAUGUGCUGCAGGGGAUCCGACAAGGGGAGAUGGGGAGAGUUCUUGCUGGUGUCCUUGAAGGGGAGGGUGGUGUUGAGCGGGGUGAUUGUUUGAUGAAGUACCUAUACAAGGGGAUGGCGUCGGGAGGUCCAAGCAGUGGUGCUCAAAGCCCGCGAAAGUCGGUCUCACCGCAGAGCACGGGUUUCUCACAAAUCCAGGCCAGGAACCUCGGUGAGGGCGGCGGAGGUCAGCAGAUGAGUGUGCUAUUGAACUGGCAUGAGAAGUUGGUCGAGUUGACGGGGACGGGGUCCAUUGUGCGUGUCAUGACGGAUCGCAGGACUGUUUAA